CUGAAGGCUGAGAGCACGGAAUUAAGCUGAGAUGCCGGGCCGCGCCGCACGGGGAGGGACCCUCGCUCCGAAAGUUGCGAGGAGCUGGGCACACUGGGCCCGGCCGCGAGCCGGCGCGGCCGCCAGAGCACCACGCUUCUACCCGCAGGCGGGCCCGGGCCCGUGGGUAGAGCCCCAGGUUCCCAGGCGAAGUCCAAGCGUGGAGGACGAGGACGAGGAGGAGGACGAGGAGGAGGAGGAGGACCUCGCCAUCCGCCCUUCUCCCCGCCCUGCCCAUGGUAGCGGUGGUGGACAAUUGGCCCAUGACCCCCAUCUCGAAGUCGGCGUCCCAGUUGACACAGGAGAGGUCGUCGAGCCCCGCGGCGUAGUCCGCCGCGAUCUCGAGCUGGAGCCAGGCCCGCAGCAGGCGCCCCUCGGUCGCGCCCGUGCCGGCCCUGGCCAGCUGCUGCUCCACCGCGGCGGCGAGGCUGCAGUCCGCACGGGGCUCGCCGCCAGCCGCGAGCCGGGCGCUCCACAGCGGCGCCCGCGCGGUGGCCAGCGCCCGCUGCAGCAGCCUACCCGCGUCCCGCUCGGCGAGCCCGUUUUCUUGACGUCGCUCAUGUCCUCCUCGGCCACCAAGCCGUUCUCGUCGAAGACCAGGUUCUUAUCCGAGUUCCAGUCCGUUUUCAGCAGCCGCAGGCCUUGGUGGAGCGCCAGCAGCUUCAGGGGGUGCGCCGGGUCGUCGCCCUUGUGGACCCAGGAGGCGCCGGCGUCGACGGUUGCGGCGGCCGCGCUGUCGCCGGUGGCGGUCAGCGGCGUGCUGUGCACGCGGCCUCCAAUCCGCCCACGCCCCUCCAGCACUAGCACGGACAGCCCCGCCCGGCGCAGCUCCGCCGCCGCCGCGAGCCCAGCGGCGCCCGCGCCGACCACCACGGCAACCCACUCUGGCGACGCCGUCACGACGGCGGCGGUGCCGGCGCCGGCAUCGCUGGCGUGACCAGCGCCAGGCGUCCGUGGGGGUGCCAUGGAGCCCAAUCCUUGAGCCAAAAUGGCUACGGCCAGAUGGGGGCGAUCGUUUGGGCCCCUGUGUGGAUCAGUCGUCAGCAGUCCGGUCUCGCCCAGAGCUCCCCCAUCGAAGCGGCCU